CUGAGGCUAAGGUUUAGACUUAAUCGUAGUCAUAGCAUUAAUGAGGUGUAGCUGCGUUACUAAUUGUGUGUGUGUGUGUGAGAGAGAGAGAGAGAGAGAGAGUGUGUGUUUUCCUGUGAAAAUGAGGUUAACCCGGGUUGUGUAUUCUUCCUCCACUGAAGCGGUGCUAAUGUAAACAGGGGGUCAGUAGCAUGUAGGCUAUUGUCCGCAGUGUGUCUUGUUUGAGGCUCGACACAGGAGUACAGCACUCCCUCCGCUCAUUUCCUUCAGCACUUCUCUGAGAAGAGCACGGGGACUUUUGGAGAGGACUCCGGUAUCGCCCCCAGGCCUGAACUCGGUGUAGAGAGCAGAAGUGAAGUGAGAGACCGCGGCUGAGAGGUGACCAUGUGGGGACUGAGAGUGUUGAGGAGCGGCUCUGUGCUCAGUCUGCUGCUGUUCGCGACUCUCUGCCACACACACCACUUCCUCCUACAGAACACGGCGUCCCAGUUUCUCACACGGCACCGGCGAGCAAAUGCAAUUCCUGAAGAGCUCAAGGCGGGAAAUUUGGAGCGAGAGUGUGUUGAAGAGCUGUGCAGUAAAGAGGAGGCACGGGAGAUCUUCGAGAACGUCCCUGAGACGGAAUACUUCUACCCCAAGUAUACAGAGUGUCUGGUGUACUAUCGCGUCGGCAUCCCCAGUCCGAACUCAGGUUCUGUGAUUUCUCAGGACCUCCGCACCUGUGUUAAAGAGAUCAGUGACCAGUGUUCGCCGCUGCCAUGCUAUAAGGAGGGAUACGAGCGCUGUGUUGAUGGUCGGGGUGCCUAUACUUGUGUGUGCAAACCUGGAUGGAAAGGGCUUCACUGUGAGGAGGAUAUUGAUGAGUGUAAGGACCAGGGUUUCCUCGCCGGUUGUAAGCAGGGCUGCCAGAACACACUCGGGAGCUUCCAGUGCUUUUGUUAUAGUGGUUAUUACCUGCACGACAUGACCCAAUGUAUCGAUAUUAACGAGUGCAGGCUUCACCCCAGCCAGUGCAAAGAGCCGUCCAGAUGUGUCAAUGCUCCAGGCUCGUACAAGUGCCAGUGCCCUACAGGAUACGUGUACAACUCCCUGUCUCACGAGUGCCAGGACGUGGACGAGUGUGAGCAGGACAAAUGUGACGGCGCGUGUGUAAACACAGUGGGCAGCUACUCUUGUCACUGUGAUGGACGCGGGAGGCUGAAGCUGGCAGAGGACGGGCGCUCCUGUGAGAAAAUCCCUGAAUGUCUCGGGCUCUACGACUACAAGUACGGGGAGAUACUCUACCUGGGAGAGCAGUUCACAGGCCAGCCUAUGAUCUACCUGCACUUUCGAUUUCCAGACAACAGAAACAACAGGUUUGCUGCUGAGUUUGACUUCCGGACGUUCGAUCCAGAAGGUGUAAUGUUGUACGCUGAAUCGUUGGAUGACUCGUGGUUCAUGCUGGGAUUGAGGAGUGGCCGCAUUGAAGUUCAGUUCAAGAACCAGCACUCUGUUAAGGUCACCAGUGGAGGCAAAGCCAUCAAUGAUGGUCAAUGGCAUGUGAUAUCAGUAGAGGAGCUGGAGAACAGCAUCAGUGUGAAGAUCAGUAAGGAGGCAGUGAUGAGUAUUAGUAACCCUGGAUACCUAUUCACGCCUGUCAACGGCAAACUGGAGACCAAAGUUUACAUUGCUGGCUUGCCCAAUCGCACCAACAUCAUCAUUAAACAAAUUAACCCCAGAUUAGAUGGCUGCAUCCGUGGCUGGAACUUGAUGAACCAGGGGGCUUCUAAAGUAAAGGAGUACAUUCAGGGGAGAGAGAGCACACAUUGCUUUGUGCAUGUGGAGAAAGGAUCUUACUUCAGUGGUGCUGGAAUGGCCCAGUUCAACAUUGACUACAAUGUUGAUGGUCAUUGGAGAGUUGACGUGGUGAUGAGCAUUCGACCGUCCAGUAGCACAGGCGUUCUCUUUGCCCUCGUCAGCAACGACACCAUCCCUCUCUCUGUCUCUGUGUUAUCUCAAGAACCAAACGAUGCGUACCUGCAGGUGUUUUUAGACAACAUUCCUGUUGUGAACCUCGAGACGUUGAUGCUGUGUUACCCAGAACACUUAGUAGUGGAGAUGCAUGUGUCUGCUCAUGACCUCCAGAUCUCUGCGAACUCCUCCAACGUGUCCUACACUGAGACUGAAGCUCUCAGACAGGCUUUAACCAAGCUCAAUGCCACCAUGCAGCAGCCGGUCUUUACUUACGUCGGAGGACUGCCAGAUCUCCCCCUGUCCUCCAUGCCGGUCUCAGCCUACUACCACGGCUGCAUGGAGAUCCGUGUGAAUAAGCAGCUGCUUGACUUUGAUGAAGCCGUUAGCAAGCACAACAGCAUCAACUCUCACUCGUGUCCCCCAGUGUCCCCUCCAGAGAGCACCUCAUACCACUAAUCAGGAUGUGAAGUCUGUGAUGAUGUGUAAAUACGUGUGAGAAUAUACUGAGAGAGAGAAAGAUUGACAGGGUGAGACACAGGCUUGUGGUAUUAGUUAUGGAUUUUCCUAUACCUCCACUAAAGCACAUGAACCAUUGAGUAUCCUGUUACAAACACUGUUUUACUGAAACUACAGAAGGCAUUAUAUUUGUAUCCUUUUUUUAAUUUACUUUAUUGUAAACACGUAGUUUAUGGAGGAGAGCUUUGAUUGGUUUUAAAACAUGUACUCAAAUUGCAUUCAGUAAGAUUUAUGAGAAUGAGCUAAUAGGCUCGUGGUGUUUUUUAUUUCACACUUGAAGAUGUACUUGUCAUAGGACUAAUAUGUUUUCCCGGGUCAUAUUUUUUUUAAUUUUUUUUUUAGCUUUUACGAUUUUUAGGAUUUAAAAUAGAGAGGUUGUUUAAAUGUAAUUUAAAAAAUGGCAGUAGAUCAACUAUUAAUUAGUAAAAAACAAAAAAACAAUAAAAAAAAAA